AUGGCAGAGCAGACUACGAUGAUUGACAUAUCAAAACCCCGCUACUCGCAGGAUUCAUAUCUUGGAAGAUUGAGGCAUUUCAUUGAGGUUACGGAUAUGAGGACACUAUUCGCAACAGACAGCCAACUUGAAGCAUCAAAACAACUGAUUGCUGAUUAUAAAGCUGGAAAAAUUACAAAUGUGGAUGAAGAAAUGCUAUGGAAUGCUAAGAAACUGAUUGAUAGUACCUUCCACCCAGACACGGGUGAAAAAGUAUUCCUGCCAUUCAGAAUGGCAUGUUUUGUGCCAACGAAUGUAGCCAUUAUUAUGGGCAUGCUUGUACCGAAUCCUGGAAUGGGGUCGAUUAUCUUUUGGCAGUGGAUGAAUCAGAGCGUCAAUGUCGCAUUUAACUACUUUAAUGCCAACAAGACCACCAAGCUGGAAACUUCUGAAGUGGCUGCAUCAUACGGAUCUGCAGUACUCGCAUCAUGUGGGAUAGCAGUUGGCCUGAACGAGUACGUAAAGAGAAUCAAGAACGUGUCGCCGGCGACCAGAGCCUUGAUUUCUCGCAUGGUGCCAUUCGCUGCUGUGGCCGGUGCUGGUACCGUUAAUGUGUUUUUGAUGAGGCAAAAAGAACUGAGGGAUGGUAUAACAGUGACUGAUUCAGAGGGUAAAGCUGUGGGGGCUUCGACACGGGCAGGGUGGAUGGCUGUUAGUCAGGUCGCUAUAUCACGUAUCGCAACAGCAUUCCCAGCCCUAAUGGUGCCGGGAUACAUCCUAUCAAAGCUGGAAACUCAGGCCUGGUUUAGGAAUAACCCGCGUCUUGCAGCUCCCAUCAAUCUGGCUACGAUAACACUGUCUCUGGCAGCAGCUUUACCGUGUGCCGUGGCCCUGUUUCCACAGAGGGCAGAGAUUUCUGUUGCUUCUCUGGAAGCAAAGUUCAGAGGACUCAAGGAUUCGGCUGGACGGCCGGUUGAGAAGUUAUAUUUUAAUAGAGGGUUGUGA